CAUCUCUCGCGCCGUGCUCGACGAGCACGGUCACUCUUUCACCAUGAACAACCAACAGCGACCAACAUUAUACCUCCAGCCGUCGGUUAACACCACCACGGUGGUCACGACGACUACAACAACCACGACCUAUGCCCCGAUUCCCCUUCCCUCUCUUCCGAUACCAUCUUCGCCCAAGGAUCCAAAAGUCUAUCCUCUCCUUCAUGCGCACCUACCGAAGUCGUUGCGACAGUUUCCUCUCCUCUUCCCCGGUGGAGCUCGUGCUACCUUUCGCGAUGGUGAAGUGGGAGAGGAGGAGAUGCCUGAAGAGGAGGAGCUGUCUAGCGGGGAUGGUUGGAGACAAGUCAAACGCGGCGAGGGACCAGAUCCGCCCAAAGAGGUUGGUCUUGUGGAGGCUGUGGAACGGUAUGGCCGGAAACGCACAUACAGUAAUGAGAACAUGAUGGAGGGUGUCGAAACAACAGGGGGAUUCGCUACCCAUCCACCCCGCAAGAAAGCUAAGUCAACACCGCUACCUCCGCUUGCAACACAAUUGAAUUCUGCCGCUCCUCCUUCUCCCUUGCCGUCUCCCCACGGUUCCCCGCCUCCUCCAGAGAACAUUUGGCCUUCUGCACCUCCUAGUGGUCACUCCUCCCCACAGCCUCAAGCCCCAAUUCAGCCAGAUACAUCAUUGACCACACUACUCACACUGCCAUCAUUACUCUCACAUUUCUCCAAUCUUCCUCCGCAACUGCAAUCGCACGUCCUCCUCACUUUCCUGCGACAUUCCCCCCUUCCUGUACUUCGAACAUUGCAUUCUGUCCUGACCUCCACAUUGGCACGAGAUUUUCUGACUCUUCUUCCCGCAGAGCUUGUCUCACAAAUACUCAGCUAUCUUACCUAUUCAGAUCUUACGCGCGCGUCUCGCGUGUCUAAGACUUGGCGUGCUAUCAUAGACUCAGAUCCUGUACUGUGGCGCGAUUUGUUGAAGAGUACAAAUAUCUGGUUCGACGGACAUUCGGAGAACGCAUUUGCGGACGCUGUCCUUGCUCGUCGCAGACGCGAAGACCUACCUCUUCUGGGGUCAUUAACGUUGCCUCAUCCAUACAAAAUGUUACUCAAAUCACGGCACCUGUCCCGCAUGCGCUGGGUGAAUAACCAGAACCCGAAACAUAUCUCCUUCCCUGCACACGGUCGUGCAGUCGUAACUUGUCUUAUCUACUCGCAUGGGCGCAUCAUCUCCGCCUCAGACGACCACUCAAUACAUGUAUAUAGCCCGACGACGGGUGAGCAGCUACAAGCCCUCGAUGGGCACGAAGGCGGUGUAUGGGCAUUAGCCGCCACCAAGGACACUUUGGUCAGUGGUUCCACGGACCGAACGGUCCGAAUAUGGGACCUCUCCACAGGUCGAUGCACGCACGUCUUUGGUGGACAUACGAGCACCGUUCGCUGCCUUGCUAUUGUCAAGCCCGAGUGGAUAGACGUUGAGCAUGAGGGUAACAUCGUCACCCGCGAAAAGUGGCCUAAACGGCCGCUCAUUGUGACAGGCAGCAGAGAUCACUCCCUCAGGGUUUGGACAUUGCCUCGGCCAGGUGAUGACGAAUACCGAUGUUACGGUGCAGAUGAUACUGAAGUCGAUCCAUCGGAGGAGGAAGCGGAAGACAACCCGUACCAUAGACUUCAUCUCACCGGACAUGACCAUGCUGUACGUGCAUUGGCUGCGCGUGGACGUACCCUGGUUUCCGGCAGCUAUGAUUGUACUGUACGUGUUUGGGACAUUAUUACCGGUAACUGCAAGUGGAUUCUAGUGGGCCACACACAGAAAGGUGUGUUCUACCUAUUCGCAAAGAUGCUCCUGAUCUCAUAUACUCUUUGUCUUGCAGUUUACAGCGUGGUUCUCGAUAUCCACCGUAAUCUCGCCUGUUCCGGUUCCAUGGACAGCACGGUCCGGGUUUGGAAUCUGAGUACUGGAGAAUGUCAGCAUACGCUCAAUGGACACACGUCGCUCGUCGGUCUAUUGGGUUUGUCCCCGUCCUACUUGGUUUCGGCCGCUGCAGAUUCCACAUUGCGAGUGUGGAAUCCUGACACAGGCGAACUGUGUCACACCUUAGCCGCUCACAAUGGUGCUAUCACUUGCUUCCAGCACGAUGAAUUCAAAGUGCUGAGUGGGUCUGAUGGCACCCUCAAGAUGUGGGAUAUUAGAGACGGGUCUCAUGUUCGUGAUUUGCUCGUCGAUAUCGUCGGGGUCUGGCAGGUAGUUUUCGAAGGGCGAUGGUGCAUUGCUGCCAGUAAUCGCGCCGAUUCCACGGUUCUCGACGUGUGGGACUUUGGCACGGAUAACGACGACGGUUGGGUCGGUGAACCACCUGGCGGAAUCUACGACGAAGAUGAAGACGAGUAUGAUGAAGAGGAAGACAUUGAACAGGCUGAGGUGGAUGACAUGGAGCAGGACAUCGGGAUGGCUCCAUCUGACACUGAUGAUGUUGACCUUGAGGAAGCCGGCAUGGAGGAAGAGGAUGAUGACGAUGACGAUGACGCAUGGGCGCGACGGCUGAGUGGUCCUCAGGCUUCGUCGUCUCGACAACCAGCAUCAUCUCAUAGAAGUCGUCGCGGGCGGCUUCUAGUCGCACCUAAAAGCGGAUUAGGUGCAGGCUCGUCUCGUCCGAGAACGCUGCCUAAUAUCGAAGAGACCCCCACCCGUCCUAGAGUUCGACAUUAUGGCCCUCGGCGCCGUUAGCAUGAUCCAUGUUCAUCCAUAUUCAUACUCAAGCAUUGCAUUAUUAUUGUAGUAAUCGCACUCUGUCUCCAUCUUCAUGAUACCUCCUUAGCUCACUAUGAACGAUUUAUGUGUAGGCUGUAUAGGUUCGUUCAAUGCCUUCUAGGAACACUUUUUGUAGCAUGGGUAAAUCUGGAAGUAUCAUUAUCCUUUUACUGGCAACUGCACCUACAC